UAUAUAUACACACACACACACACACACAUAUACAUGUGUGUGAGUGUGUGUGUGUGUGUAUGUGUGUGUAUAUAUAUUCAAAUUAACACCACUUCCCUUCUACCCACAAACCCCUUCACUGGAAAGAUUAAUACAAGUAAGUGCACAUUCAGUCGUCUUCAAGCCAUCUCUGUAAGACACAAUAAGACACAAUGCUAGUGACAUCGUGCAGGAAGCAGGGACCUGUAAAUAGACGUGUCGGAGCAUAGAGUUGUAUGUCUAUUCCCUCUUAUAGUGCUGUGCAGCCUGCUGUGAGUGUGUGAGUGAGUGAGAGAGAGAGAGAGAGAGACAGAGAGUGUAUGUAUGUGUAUGCGAGUGCCAUAAUGUGAAGUCUAUAUGUACAUAUUUAAUGGAUUUUAGACACCUUUUUUUCUGUAUCAUCACUCUCACUAUGUCUGACUGCUGUAAGUAAUCAAGGUUAUGAUAUUAUAUAUGUAAUAAGAAUUGUAAUUUAAGAUUUUGGAGAAAGAAAAUGUUAUUAAGUGGGGGUGGGGUGGGACACCCAAAAAAAGUCUAUCCACCUCGUUUUUCAAAUCCAUCCUCCGUUCAAGGGAAGUGAUUUUUUAAAACCUCUGCAGAAACUGUACUUUGUGCAGAUGCCUUAAGAUCUGUAUGGAAACAACUUCAAAUAAAGUAGAUUUUAAACAUGGACACAGUUUGCAAGUGAUUAGUUCAUUACAGACUUUUGAGUUUGGUGUCUUGCCCAUAGGUGGCACCAGAAAGCUCAACUCAUGGCAAAAACAGUUCCAUUGGCUUCCAAAAUGUUUGCUCAGCAUUAUAAGUCCAACACCAUGACCAUCACUGCAGUAGUAAAAGCGUUUCUUUAAAAAUCCUUUACCAAUUUAGACUAUCCAUAAAAAUAAAUAGACCAGUUCACUGAAUACAAUGUAAUGUAUUCAUGUUAUAUUGUACAAAGCUAGUGUUUUGUUUUAGAUUCUGAGAAGUGACUAAUUUUUGAUGAUUAAUAUAUUUUAAUUUAUCUAUUCAUUCAUCUUCUGUAACUGCUGUUUCCUGGUCAUGGUUGUGAUGGAUCCAGACCCUGUUCUGGGAACACUGGGUGCAGGCAUGACUACACCCUGUAUGGGAUGUCUGUCCAUCACAUGCAUUCAGGGACAAUGUAGAAGAAGAAAGCUCUAUUUGUCACAUAUACAUUAUAGCAUGUUAUAACAAUUUUUUCCUCCACAUACCAGCAUGUUAAGAAGUUGGGGUCAGAGUUCAGGAUCAGCCAUGAUGCAGUGCUCCUGGAGCAGAGAGGGUUAAGGGCAUUUCUGAAGGGCCCAACAGUGGCAGCUUGAUGGUGCUGGGGCUAGUGUAGCCAAUUCACCUACUGUCAUGUUUUUGGUAGGUGGGAAGAAACGGGAGAACUCGCACAGAAAUGGGGAGAAAGUGCAAAAUCCUGCACAGUCCUGAGCUCAGGAAUGAACCAAGGACCCUGAAGCUAUGAAGUGGCAACGCUACCCACUUUGCCACCUUGCUACUCUUAAGUAGAUAAUAUCGGUAUAAUUAGUCUAAUGUAUACAAAACAUAAGAAGUACAGUAGUAACCCAGUUCUGCAGAAAAAAACAUGUAUCUGGAAACAGACUCUGCAGGUUUUUAGCCAACCACAUUAGAAAAUAUAAAAUGUUACCCCCUAGAUGUUGUGUGUAGACCAAGUGGUGUUUUGUUUCACAAUGUGGAAAUUAUUUUCAAACUUUUAUUUUAAUUUGAAUAAUUUCACCAAGGUGAUUUUAGUUUUAUUUAUUUUUUUAAUUAUUGGAAUUUUCCAUAAUUUCAGUAACAGAAAUAGAAAGACUAGGCUCAGUCCAUGAGCAGAUACUUAAAAGUAAUCUACAACAAUAUUAGCAGUUCCUUUCUAUGCCAGAAUGUGAGCUCACCUUCAGUGUGCGUAAAACAUGCCUAUGUAAACACAGCAGCCCUCCAAAAACAACAAAAGGGAAAUGUACUAAGAUGAUCUGUUUACUAUGAAUCUUUUCCUACGAAUUUUCACUUUUACUUACUAUUAACCAAAAACAUUCAAAAGCAUUUGUUAAAGCAUGUCCUGUAUUUCAGUGGCUUUCUGUUCUUGUAGGUCGUUUAGUGUAUUGUGAUAUAAUUGAGUGUGAGCAAAAACAAACAAAACUAGUGAGCACUAGGUGGUGAAACUCUAAAAUGUACCAAUAAAUAAGUAAAAUAACAUCCACACUGUACAUUUAGAGAUUACAUGUAAUGUGUUUUUUAAAAAAACAACAACCCCAUAUUCAGUUCUGUGAUGCCAAAAACAAGGCUUAAGGAAAUGCUUUAUCAUGUGCAGUGUUUGAAAUUCCCUUUUAGUUUGUAAUUUGCUUUUAGUCAUUUAAUCUCACUUUUCUCUGAUAAUAAGAACAUUAGUGCAGAGUCAGGAGUUUACACUGCUAUGCAAUCAGUGGCUGAUACAGUUACAAUCGCUGAAGGUGACCCAUGUUAUGAGGUUCAGGUAACAUUUAGUAGUGUUGUGAUAAACUGAAUCAGAGUAGCACUAAAACCUUUAGCUGAGGCUUUGUUGAAAACAAGGUGAGAGCAACUCUUAUCCGAAAGGCUUGUUUGCUUAAAACUUCAUUCCAUAUACAGAAAAGAGCCUAGCUACUUUGAGGAACGCCACCAAACACACUGGAAAUUUAAAAAAAAACAAAAAACAAAAAAACCUCAGCCAUAAACACAGCCAUGCUGAACUAGACUGAACCUCAAGUUUGAGCUCUUUUAAACCCUUGGUGUUCAAGGGCAGUUUAGGACAUCUCUGUGUCAGAUGGCCAGACGCAGCAGUCUGGAGUCACUAGAGGAGCAACUGCGCUGCCCUGUGUGUUUGGAGGUCUUCUCUGAGCCGCUCAUGUUGCAGUGUGGCCACUCGUACUGCCGUGGCUGUGUGCGCUCUAUAGACAUGGAUCCUCUGGGGCAACUCCAGUGUCCUGUAUGUCGUUGUGCUGUGGAUGGGGACAGCCCUCCACCCAAUGUGGCACUGGCACGCAUUGUGGACGCACUACGGGAGAUCAAUGAACCAGGUCAAGGCCCUCCAGAGACAUGCAACCAACACCAUAACCCCCUGAGUCUGUACUGUGAGGAAGAUCAGACACUGAUCUGCGGACUGUGCGGUAGCAUCGGAAGCCACAGAGCACACAAGGUCACCCCAAUCAGCAGCGUCUACAGCCGAAUGAAGGAGGACAUUUCCUGUCUGAUGACUAACUUUCAGACACAGAAGAGGAAGCUGGAGGAGCAGAUUUGUAAAAUGGCCUACAACAAGUCUCGCAUUACAAAUGAGUCGGAUGUGCUGAAAUGGGUGGUCCGGAAGGAGUUUGGAGAGUUGCGACACUGUGUGGAGCUCGAGGAGGCCAGCUUCAUGCAAAAGGUGGAGAACACCGCCUCUACUCUCAUCGCCUCCAUCCAGACCCAGGCUGAUCACAUGAGCCAAUUGCUGGCCAAGUUCCAGGAGGCUGAAGGCACACUGGAAGCCCUGAGCAAUGAGGGCCAUCUGGACUUCAUCACUAAAUAUGGAUCUAUUGCUCCAAGGUUUAGAGAGAGCCAGCAGAGAGAACAGAGGAAGGAGAGGACCUACAGCUCCAUCAGCUUUAACCCAGGCUUUAAUCACAGUGACAUCAAAAUGACUGUGUGGAAGAGAUUACACAGGAGAGUUUUACCAGCUCCUGAAUGCCUGAAGUUUGACUCUCUCACAGCUCACCCCAUGCUGCAGCUCAGUGAAGACAACACCAGUGUGCAGUGCGGAGUCCUCGUCAACCGCCUGCCCAACAAUCCUGAGCGAUUCAGCUACAGCUACUGUGUACUGGCCAACCGUGGCUUUUCCUCAGGAAAGCACUACUGGGAGGUCCAGGUGGGAGAGAAGCCAAAAUGGAGGCUGGGGUUAAUCAAAGGGACUGCUUGCCGUAAGAGUAAACUGCCCAAGAGCCCUGAGGGUGGAGUGUGGCUGAUUGGGCUGAAGGAGGGGAGGCUGUAUGAGGCUUUCAGCACUCCUCGUGUCACUCUGCCCCUCAUGAGUCAGCCACACUGCUUGGGGGUUUUCCUGAACUAUGAAAGAGGAGAGCUGACGUUUUAUAAUGCGGACAGUCCUGAUGAGCUCGGAUUCAUUUAUUCUUAUCAGGCUGAGCUGCAGGGGAAGGUCUACCCACUGUUUGACGUGUGCUGGCAAGAGCGUGGUGCCAACAAGCUGCCAAUCUCCCUGCCACACCCACUCACUGAAGCCUACGGAGAUUAGUCUAGAAGCAAUUAUGGCUGUGACAACGAACCUGUAUGAUAGUUUUAUACGGAUAGUAUAGUGGUACCCAUAAUUCUAGUGGGAAAAACUUUACAACUAUUUAGAGAGAAAUUAUAUUUCUACAUUGUUUUGAUAAACUACUGAAAGUAUAAAAUAAUUUUAAUUACUGUUCCAUUUCUACAUUUUGUCUGCUUCAUUUGUGGCAGGGAAGCCUGAAGAA